AUGGAGAGCUUUAGAGUUUUUUUCCUGCUGAUUUUUCUUUGUUCACAGAUUUUCUGUUUUGAAGAUGUGCCCAGUUUGGAGGAAGACCCUUGGACGGCCCCAUCUCUGAAGGAUGAGGGCUUGCAGAGCGGCUCACUCCAGCGCUUUGCACAGCUGGUGAAAAGGGGGAAAUUCCAGCAGUUCUACAGCCUGAUGGGAAAACGGGCUAGUGGGGUGCCACAUACUUCACCAGUGGAGCAUAAGAGGCACCAAGGAGAGACGUUCAUAGGACUCAUGGGACGAAGAUCCUCCAGUGGAGAGUCAACACAGGACUGGGACAACAGCCAGCCACUUCCUGCAUGGGAGCCAUAGCACGACACUCCAUCAGUGACCAACAUCUGCUCCUUUCCUUCACAAGCACUAGAUUACGAUAGCUAUGUCAUCUGCUCAUCUAUUCACACCCCAUGAACGGAGUAACAUAGUGCUUUCUCGUA